AUGUCAGACGUUGAAGAACAAUACGAAGAACAACCAGUUGUUCAAGAAGAAUUACAAGUAGUUGAAUUAGCUACUCGUAUUCCUUUAGAAGUUCAAGAAGCUCAAAGAGAAGUUAAAUUAUUUAAUAAAUGGUCAUUUGAAGAUGUUGAAAUCAAAGAUGUUUCAUUAGUUGACUAUAUUCAAAUUAGACAACCAGUCUUUGUUUCCCAUACUGCUGGUAAAUACGCAGUUAAAAGAUUUAGAAAAGCUCAAUGUCCUAUUAUUGAAAGAUUAACUAAUUCAUUAAUGAUGAAUGGUAGAAAUAAUGGUAAAAAAUUAAAAGCAGUCAGAAUUGUUAAACAUGCAUUAGAAAUUAUUAAUGUUUUAACCGAACAAAACCCAGUUCAAGUUGUUGUUGAUGCUAUUGUCAACUCAGGUGCAAGAGAAGAUUCAACAAGAAUUGGUUCAUCAGGUACUGUUAGAAGACAAGCUGUUGAUGUUUCUCCAUUAAGAAGAGUUAAUCAAGCCAUUGCUUUAAUUACUAUUGGUGCUAGAGAAGCUUCAUUCAGAAAUAUUAAAACUAUUGCUGAAUGUUUAGCUGAAGAAUUAAUUAAUGCUGCUAAAGGUUCUUCAACUUCAUAUGCUAUCAAAAAGAAAGAUGAAUUAGAAAGAGUUGCCAAAUCAAACCGUUAA